AUGAAAAAUCUCACUAACAAAAUAAAAACUUGCAUCAGACAUUUUAAUUCGGAAAAAUCUCACGAACAGUACGAGUGGCUAACUGGUUGUGAAUUUAGGAAUAAACUGUAUUGCUGGUCUUGUUUGCUAUUUGUCAAUGAAAAUGGUGUUAGGAAACAUAGUGGUUUUGGUGAUUUAAAUAAUUUUCAUAGGGUAGUGAAACGACAUGUCAUGUCUAAAGCUCACUUGCAGGCCGUCAUCAAAGAGAAAGUUGUUGGAAAAAAUAGAAUAGAACACUCUUUGGAUAAUUCAUUAAAAGUGAGUCAUCAAAAACAUAAUGAAUUAGUAGAUAAAAAUAGAGACGUACUGAAAAGACUUGUCGGCGUUGUGUGUUUUUUAUGUUUCCAUGAACUUGGUUUCAGAGGUCACGACGAAACCAGUACAUCAGCAAAUAGAGGCAAUUACAUGGAUCUGGUUUCACUAAUUUCUAAGUACGAUCCUUGUUUAAAAACUCAUUUAGAACAGUCUAGUGUGUUUCAAGGCACCUCAAAUCGAAUUCAGAAUGAUUUAAUUUCUGCUAUUUCGACAGUAGUUUCAAACAAAAUAAUUGAUUUUACAUGA